CAGCUAGAGUGGCACGAUGAUGGAUGCAGGAACCCACUUUGUGGAAGUGGUGCCCGAGGACAUGCAGACCCUCGGCACUGAAGAGGAGACUUCGCCUUCUGUGUCGAUGUCUAUGGUCUCCUCCUCCUCCAUGAUCAACAUGAACAACUUCAUUUACUCUCAGGUUCCUGAUGAGAUCAUCAUGGAAGGUGAUGAAAUGGGGCCCGAUAUUCUGGGUGAGAUUGUGACCGACGACAGUCCCGACAUGAAAGUGCUGCCCAUCAACCAAGUAAUUCACAUGGACUUGGCCCGAGAAAUGCACCAGGAGACGACCCUGGGUGGACUGGAGGGCCAGGGUACCACGUAUAGCUACAUGCUGUUCUCGCCCUCGAGCCAAAUGCAUCUGCAGGAAGGGGAGGCCAACGAGGAGAUAAUCCUGGGGACUAACUCGUUGAUCGAGCAAGAGGACAUCAUCGAAGGGGGCGAGGCGGAGGUGGGGCCCAACUCGUUGAUCGAGCAAGAGGACAUCAUCGAAGGGGGCGAGGCGGAGGUGGGGCCCAACUCGAUGAUCAAGCAAGAGGACAUCAUCGAAGGGGGCGAGGUGGAGGUGGGACCCAACAUGGCUGUCGAGGAAGCCCUGUCUGAGCCAACCCUGAAGAAAAAGAGUCGUGCCCUGGCCUCCAUCGAAGACAUCGGCUACGAGUGCCCGGACUGUGGCAAGUCGCUCAAGAGCCGCAGCAAUCUCAAGAAGCACAUCAGCAAGCAUCACAGCGUGUCACGCAAGGUGGCUCGCAGUGCCGACUAUUCCAGCUCUGAGGAGAGCUCACUCUAUCCGCUCUACUCUUGCCCGUCCUGCUCGUACGUAUCUGUGCGACGUGACAGGCUUGACAAGCACAUAAAGAAGCACGUGCUGCAAGAAGGCGUCCAUCCUUGCGGCAAGAAGCGCACAAAGCCCGAUGCUCCCCUGCAGCGGCAGAGGCACAAUGCAGAGGAGUACCGCUGCUCCCUCUGCCCGUACACGUGCACUGUGUACGAGGCAUAUCGCAAGCAUCAGAAGAAGGCCCACAUGCCAGGUGCUGCCAAGCUGGUACCCGUUAAGGUGAGCUGCAAGAUCUGUGGCAAGGACCGCUCCACCGAGGAAGCCAUGGAGAAUCAUAUGAAAAAGCACCGCAGCGGAAAUAACUUCUUGUGCGAUGUGUGUGGUUUUGAGAGCAUCCAGCUGAAAAAGAUAAUCCAGCAUCGACGCAUGCACACUGGCGAGAAGCCGCACCUGUGCCCGCACUGCAGCUACCGGUCAGCACGCAGAGACAACCUCCGCUCGCAUGUGCGCCGCAUGCACAAGAAGAAAAACAUGUACAUCGACACGUUCAACCCCAAUGAGUAG